AUGUAUAAAAAUAGAAACAAGAAGGAAAAGAGAAAGAAGAGAGGUAAGAAGCUGAAUAAGACGAAUGAAGAAGAGGGGGAAGAGCAGGAAUCUGAUUGGAUUGAUGAUGACUCUGAAGAAGAUUAGAAUGAAGAUGGCUCUAAGAGGAUCAAGGAUGAAGUAUUAACUAUUCAGUAUCCAAUCUAAGAUGUUAAGAUGGUGCUUAUUGUAAGAGAAGACCUCAAAAUGGGUAAAGGCAAGGUAGGAGCCUAAUGUGGUCAUGCCACUUUAGGGGUUUACAAGUAAGUGCAGAAAUACGCCAAAGAUAGUGAGUAUUGGCAAAAAGUACUAAGCAAUUGGUCAUGGGAAGGACAGAAAAAGAUCUGUCUUAAGGUUACAUCAGAACAAGAAUUACUUGAUUUAUAAAGCAAAGCCAAAGAAAAGUCUAUCCCCGCAUAUGUAGUAGCUGAUGCGGGCUUGACAUAAAUAAAGGAAGGGUCAUUGACAGUUUGUGGCUUAGGACCAGCACCUACUAAAAUGAUUAAUAUUUUAACUGGUCAUCUCAAAUUAUUAUGA